CAUGGCCACGGCCGGGACUGCGCCCCCCGAACUGCAGCUCCCACAGCGCCCGCAGCCUCCGCAGCGCCCGGGACUACAACUCCCACAGCGCCCGGGACUACAACUCCCACAGCGCCCGGGACUACGACUCCCACAGUGCUCGCGGAUCCUUCUCUGAUCGCGGCGAAAGGCCUGGAAAGGACGCGGGCUCUGGUGGCGGCUCCAGCUGCGGGCCCGGCCCGGGCCGGCAGGAAAUGGCAGCGCUCGGCAGAUCCUUCCAGGGCAUCCCGGCCGGCCCGGCCGUGGAGCUCCCCCCGGCUCCGGCCGCUGCCCCGGACCGCCACGGGCCGCAGCCCGGAGCCGGCGGCCACGGCCGCCUCCAGCCACCCGGGAUGGUCAUGGCAGGGAUCGGAAACGACGGCGCCGACGGAUCCUCCGGCCUCUGUCUGCAGAGCGGCUUCGACCUGGCCUCCCUGGCCGCGCUCGGGAGCCACAACGAGGGGCUGACGGCGGCCCCGGUGGGAUCCUUCACCAGGAGCCGCAGCCAUGUCUCUGUGCGCUAUGGAAAGAAGCAUAAGCUAGAAGAAGAGGCAGAAGGUUGUCCUGUGCGGAAGAAGAGGCUGACAGGAGCCAAAAAUUGCCCUUUGAAUCCCAACACUGAAGAAUGGAUUCUCUGUGCAGGUCAGCAGGCAGCUGGGGAGGUAGCAAGUCAGUGUGGUGGCAGCGGUCCUGAAACUGCCAUGUUAGAAAUUCCCUGUGAAGAAAUGGAUCAGACAAUGGGGGAACAGCAAUGCGAGGUUGCUCGCAGGAAACUUCAGGAAAUUGAGGACAGGAUAAUUGAUGAAGAUGAGGAAGUUCAUGCUGAUGGAAAUGUUAGCAAUCUGCCCACUCUUAUCCUGUCAGAUACCCUUAAAAAAGGGAUGAAGAGGGAUUUUGGUGAAGUCCUGACAAAGAAAAUAAUAGAGUCUAUGAGCCGUCCUUCUAUGGAGCUGGUGCUUUGGAAACCUCUUCCUGAAACUCUGACAGAUAAACUGAAGUCUGUUUCUGUUAAGAACUUCAAGCAGCAGAGUACAGAAGGGUGUCAAGCUAAGCAGCCAACACCAAGAGCUCCUUUUGACCCACAGACUGAAACGUUCCCUGAAUCACAACAGACUGCCAUGUCUCCAGAUCCAUAUGCUAGUUUGGGAAUAUCUGGGUGUGCAGAAGAAGAAAUGGAGUUGUAGAUGCCAGAUUUUAGAUUGGAAGUGGUGAGCUUCUGAUGCUUUUUGUUGGUGUUUUUUUAUUCUUUCUGGUUUGAUGUGUGAAUCUGAAGUUGUAUUAUUUGUUUUUUAUUUUCUUAUUAACAAUCAUAAGGACAUGGUUUGGCCAGGAAACACCCCAAGAUUUCUGUACUCCAGUCUGUUAAAUAUUGUUAUUUUUACUGAAAAGGUAAUCCAGAGGCCUUUGGAACAAGGAAGUAGCUUUCCAUCUUGCUUAAUGGUGAAAUAUUCUCUUAAUUGCCCUUGGUAAAGUAUAAAAUCUAAAUAUUGAAUGUAACUGUGGCUUAAGCCGUGUCUUUCACUUACUGAGCCAUUAAGAUUUUGGUGCACAUACUAUGCUUGGCCAGUUGGUUUAAUUUGAAUUACAAAAGGGUAUGUAAAGGAAGAAAUACUUUUGAAUCUAGUCACAGAUAAAAAAGCAAUCCCUGUGGUAAUACAGCUUUUCACAUUAUUUCAUCUGUGGCUGGUUUGGACUUGAUGUAAACUCAAAUGUAGAAAUUAUACAUCCUGUGGGGUGGUGGGGUGGAAUGUUACAGCAAAAGUCUUUGUAGAAAGUAAAGCCAGCUUCUAACUUGCAGGAUACCUGCUAACUUCAGUCAUCUUUGGUUCAUUGGCUUCUAAAUUGUGUUUCUGGGGUUUUAUGUCCCCCUCCCCAAAUGAUGCAAAGUCAGGAUAAAAGUGGUUCUGAGCCAAGAGAUUCACAUUUUACAUUGUGCUGAGAUUCUUUGUAUGCAUCAAGUCGGAAAGUCCAUUGAAGACACUGUUAACUUAUAAUUAAAUAAAUGGCAUCCUUUAAUUUGGAUAAACGUGGUAAGUAAAUCAGAUGACAGGGAGCUGCUUUCUGGCAUAAAGAGGGUCAAAUGCUUAUUAUUGUCUGUAGCCAAGUCCCAGCCUUUGAGACUGCUGGCAUUAGUGGUGAGGUGAAGAAGAUGCUUGUCUUUUUCCCAAGAGAAUCUAGACUUAAAAUUUAAGCCAGAACAUGUGCCAUUUAACACAGUGUCACACUGUUUAUACAGACAUAUGCCAAAAGAAUUUUGUACCCUGCUUAGGAUGCCAAGGAAAGGAAUCCACAAUGAGCCAUUGUACCUCUUCUCAAUGCACAGCAGUUCCAUUUUGCUUGAAACCCUUAAACAAGGCAGAGAAUCUUACCUUCUGUUCCCUAGUCCUUCAGCUUUCUUAGAGACACCUGAAUUGGGGCUUCACAUAAGAAAUUCCUUUCCAAGUAAUAGGUUCAGUUCAAAGUCCUACAGCCAGUCUAGUUUUGACAUCUUGCUAACAUAAAGGCACAAGUAUACAGUAAUGCAGCUGCUCACAUAAGAAAAGCUACUCUUCCAUUGCACAGCUGGUUGAUAAUCUUUGUGAUGAUAUUCUUUACUGUUAACACAUAGCUGAUAGUUUAAAAUCAAGCUUCUUUCUCUUUUUGCAUAAAUCCUUUGUUUCCUUUUGGUUGUUCAGAAGAUAACCCUAUUUGUUAAGUCCUGUUUCUUUCAGCUUUUGUUGAAGGUUGGUUGAAAUUUUCUGUCUCUCAAUAAAACCUUUCAGAGCUUCACUAAAAACAUUUCAACAUUUGAAUAGUAUUACUCUGGAAACCAGUACCAUUCUGAAGGUUUAUUACGUAGGCUGCACACCUUCUCCAGUCUUGCUGUCUGAUUUCAUUUCAUGGUCUGCUAUAAAUCUCUUGCAUGAACUGUGUACAAUUCCCCAUGUAUUAUUAAGCUGUGCUUAAAAUCUACAGCCUUUGAUGUGCUCCACUGCUUGAGUAUAAAGUAAAGCAAUGCAGUUUGGAGAAGGCUGUAGUCACUGCAGGUAGAAAACGUGAUGCCUCCAACUAAUUAACUGGUUUUCAGCUUGCAGGAUUAUAGUGAAUGUUCAAGGUUGGAAGUAUUUUAGCUGAAAGCUCUGCAUCCUAAAUAAACUGAGAAGAAAGGAUAAAAAUUUCAAAAAUUUGAUGCAACCAUCUCAGCAACACUGAAAUUGCAACAGAGGAGUAAAAAAACUUUAAGAAGCCUAAAUACAUCAAAUCUAGAUGCAGUUGUUUUCCUUUUAAAAGUGACAAAUUGCAUAUCAGAUUUGCAGAAUAAGAAAGUUUUGUAGAUGCCUUUUAAGCAUACUUUUUUCUUGUUAGGUUUGUACCAAAGGUUGACUUUCAGAGAUGUCUUUCCUUCUAAUUGUUUGAUGCCAAUAGGGCUUCACUGACCCAUUAUUCUGCCAUCUGAAACAAGAAUAUAGUGGUGGACUACUGACAAAGACCAUGAGAUGGGGAAAAAACUCUCCAAGAAUUUUGCUUUGGUAGAAAACAUUUACUUUCAUUUUUUAAUAAUUCACUUCUGCCCUUGUGAUAGGAGACAGUGGGGUUGAAUUGCUUAAAUUGAUGGGGGAGGAGAAGGUGAGCUACAGUGGGAACUGAGUGUCAGGAGGACGGAGCAAGAUCCUUGCCAUGGUGAUCACUUGGAGAGGGUAUGGGAGAUCAAGCUCUGGGCGUUUUCAGACUUCUGUAUUUGUGAGUUUUGUUGUUGUUGGCUUCCUUAAAAGACUUUUAUUAAUGCUGUUCACAAGCGGGAUGGCAAAUGUGAUGCAGUAUUAGAAAAAAACUUAUUUUGAAAUAUGGAAGAUCCGAUUCUGGUCUGUCUUCUCUUGGGACCAAAUCAUCCUUUGUAUGUCAGUUUUCAAUAAAUUUUCUAAAAUA